UUAUGCAUUGAAUCUUUCAUUCAGUUUCUUUAAAAGUUGAAUAUUCCUAUAAUAGUUGGUCACUUGAUCAUUCGCCUAAUAUUUGGGUGUGUUAGUACAUAUUCUAUAUUCUACACCCAUGGAGUGUGUGUUUCGUGUUUAAAAAUGGCCGAAGUGACGUUCUCGUCCCGUGCUUACUGCAAAGUCAUUUUACAUGCUGCCAAAUAUCCUCAUUGCGCUAUAAAUGGUUUGUUACUUGCAAAACAAAAGAGCAAAAGUGACAAUAAAUCAUCGGAGUUAGUAAUCGAAGAUGCUAUACCAUUAUUCCACAUUUGUCUACACGUUUCGCCAAUGGCCGAGGUAGCGCUAACACUGGUCGAUCAAUAUGCAUCGCAACAAGGCCUCGUCAUCGCUGGCUAUUAUUUGGCCAACGAACUCAUAAAUGAUAUGAGUACGGACAAACCAGCGCAUAGGAUAGCCGACAAAAUAGCAGAGAACUACCACAGUGCUAUUAUGACAGUAAUAGACAACAGAGAAAUAAAUCUUGGAAUGCAAACGAAUCCUUUAAGGGUGUUUCAGCAUUUGGAUGGAAAAUGGAAAGUCAAAGACAGUGCAGACGUUAUUCUGGAAAACGAAGAGGCAUUGUUAGAAACAAUCUAUACGUUGUUGAGAGACGAGGAAUACCGAAAUCUCAUUGAUUUUGACAAUCACUUGGACAACGUGUCGUUGAACUGGAAGAACACCGAGCUCAAUAAAACGAUAAAACAAGUAAUGGCGAAGCAGCAGUGAAAAAAUACGUCAAAUAAACAAACAAACUAACAAAAAAUUGGAAUUUGAUGAAUAAGCAUUUUUGAGAGAUAAAAGAUUAUUAUUUUAUUUAUACUUACACAUGCCCGAGCACAUAGCUUGCUGAUCAUUGUAUAUUCCAAUGAUAAAAUCAAAUGUACAUAAGACAUAAGAUUCAUAAAUAGGUAUGUCAGCCAAUA